GUCCUUGACCUGCUAGCAUAGGGUGAAGAAAUCGUUUCUUGUUCGACGCGGUGGACUAGCGAUUGUUUAUUCGGUCCCAGAGCGCGCACAAUGACUGACUGUUUGCAUCUCGCGUAGCCCCCGGGGUCCUUUCCACAGUAAUAUCGCUCUUUGCUUCGUCAUCUCCGAUGAAGUCGGGACUCCCCACAUGUUUCGCGCUGACCCAGCGUGUCUACUAGGGGUGUUAGUGGUGCGCCAGCCAUCGAGGAGAUAUAAAAUCACGCUAUAACAGGUUCGAAUCAAUUGCGAUCAUCCGACGACACGCUAUGGCUGCAUACUCGAGCACGAAAGUCAUUCUCGUCAUUGGUGGCACCGGGGCGCAGGGGCUCGCCAUCGUCGACAAGUUGCUCGCGCCCGCUGAAGAUGGAUCUCCAUCGCCGUACUGCGUACGGGUACUUACCCGCGACCCACAAAGCAAGCGAGCCCAGGAGCUCGCCUCAAAGGGAGUCGAGCUCUUCAAAGGAGCCUUCGACGAUUUCGAUUCUGUCGCUGAGGCUCUGAAGGGGUGCUACGGUGCCUUCGUCAACACGGACGGAUUCACCGUCGGGCAGGCGAAGGAAGUCUGGUGCGGCAUUCAUAUAUACGAACUGGCGCGAUACGCGAAGAUCAAACACUACGUCUGGAGCAACUUAGACUAUUUCUCGAGGAUCACGAACUUCGAUCCGAAGUAUAGGUGUGAGCACUCCGAUGGGAAGGGGAUCGUUGGCGACUUCAUGCAGGCCCAGCCGUCUGUCGUGAGCGACACAGACAUGUCCUGGACACUCAUCACGUCCGGGCCGUACAUGGAGAUGCUGCAGCACGCGAUGUUCGGCCCAGUCAAGCAGCGCGAGGACGGGACCGUCGUAUUCGUCACGCCCAUCGGAAAGGGGCACGUCAACAUGAUCGCCCUGGACGACUUCGGCUUCUUCGCCCGGUACACGUUCGACCACCGCGAGGCGACGUCCGGGCACGACCUGCAGAUCUCCAGCGACAAGGUCGACUGGGAGUACCUCCGCACGACGUUCGAGAAGGUGACGGGCAAGCGCGCGGAGGUGCUAUACCAGUCCUACGACGACUGGGUGAGGAUCCUCGACGGCGUCGACGUCCCGCUCGCGAACGAGCGCGGGCGGACGAGGGACGGGUCGAUCACGUGGAAGGAGAACUUCCGUGCGUGGUGGGCGAACUGGCGGGACGUCACUAUCAGCAGGGACUACGAGUUGCUGCGGAAGGUCAAUCCGAAGGGACACACCCUUGAGAGUUGGAUGCGGAAAGAGGGGUAUGGGAAGGAUCUGUGGGCGAAGGUAUCUUUCCUGAAGAACGCCGAGGAUAAGAAGGCUCCGUGGAUGAACUUUGAAUACGUUGCUACAUUGUGACUUGAGCGUGCUUAUAUAGGUUGACCAAGAGACCGUGAGUCGAC